GUUGUACUUUGCAAUAAAUUGAACCGCAAUUGAGAACGACUACCACAAGCACUUAGCAAGUGAACCUGUAACUAAGUAUCCUCAACCACACGUCAAGCCUGGCCUCAAUCGUUCAUAUCGGUUCAGCUACUACCGUAUUUAUUGUUGAUUCUGCACAAAAUGGAGGUUUCAUUUGAUGAAUAUAAAACCGCAGAGAAGAAACCUGUCAAUGAUGUUGUAUUGAACCAAAAUAAAAAAUUGAACCUCACACAAGUUGAAACAUCGAAAUCAGAGAAGGCUAAAGAAAAUACGAACGAUUUAACCGGAGAUAAGGAUGACAAAGGCAGGGCUACAGGCCGUAAACGACGAAGUCGCACCCGUCGCCGUCGUAACAGAAGUCCUGGCCAGAUUCUACGAAUCAAGAGAUCGAGGCGUGUGAAAGCGAACGAUCGUGAGCGCAACAGGAUGCAUUCGUUAAACGACGCGUUGGAAGGCCUACGAGGAGUUUUACCAGCAUUCCCAGACGAAACCAAAAUGACAAAAAUAGAGACUCUUCGUUUUGCACAUAAUUAUAUAUGGGCUCUUCGAGAAAUGUUAAAAAUGGACGAUAAUGAUGCCUUAUCGGUAUCGAAAUACGAGGAGGAUUCUGGGAUACCUAGUCCUGUAUCGACGUCAUCUGCGUACUCAUUCUCAUCAUCGGGCCAGGACGAUUGGUGGGCAGCAUCUCCAGAGCCACGGUCAAUGCCAUCGCCUUGUUACGAUGAGUCUCAAAUUGUGAGGCCAUCGUGCGCAUUGCAAUCCACUACAUCAAUGCUGAAUCCAUUCUUCAACUACUGCCCUACUCGCUGGUCGAGAUAACGGCUGCACUUAAAGGAAACAACGGCCGCCUGGUUUUGUUAACUAAUUGAGGCAUUUUGACCACAAACCAAUUGUCAUGUGAACUCAAAUGCGAGAACUUUUUUGAAUGACACAAGGAGAAUCAUGGCUCUAACCACCAAGGCCGUGGCACACUGGCAUCCAUUCCAUUUCCAUUUAAUGUUUAUAUCUAAUAAUAUUUUAUAACCGAUAAUGAACUAUUUGUAAAUAAGAUAUAAUAGUGGUUUCGGUCUAAAGUGAUUUUUUUUUUCAUUCGUUGUUUUUUCCACAACAUUCGUUGUUACGAAGUGCUUUAUAUAGUCUAUUUUAUAAUUGAUUCCAUUGGGUUUUUAAUCGAACUUCGUAUUGAUUGCAAUAAAUAGUUUAAUAACCAAUUGAAAUAUGUUAGUUGUUUGUGUCUUCAUUUUUAUGAUAUUUUUGUGUCUUCUCGUAGGCCUAUUAGCUUUGAAUAUUUUAUUAAGUUCAAUAAUAAAUAUUAUUCAAAGUAGUUACAGUGAAGAAUGACAUUUAAAA